AUGGACCCCCAUGCCAAGAGCUGGGUGCGUUGGAACUUGUUUGCCUUGGAGCUGUUUGACAAGGAGAAGGAGAAAGCAGAGCGCUUGAAGAACGUCAAGUGUUACAACUGUGACCAGUUCGGGCACUACUCGAAUAAGUGUCCCAAGCCCAGGAGGGAAAGAGCAUCAGCAGCUGCGUUGCUCGAGCCGCAGGUUGCGGCUGCCUCUUUGGAGCCUCAGAUUUUCGCAGCCGCGGUUGAUCUGAGUUGUCCGGUUGUUGAGCUUGAUGAGGAGGAUUGCUCGGAUUUUUCCCAGGAGGAUUGGGAGGAGUUUGUUGCAUCUUAUGAGUGUGCUUGGUUUGAGCCUGUUGUGCUUGAGGGCGGUGAGCCUGUUGCGCUUGAGGGUUCCAUGUUGCACGUUGCGCUUGAAAAUUUUCCUUGUGACAGCCCAAACAGAGCCACAGUUGAGCUUGCAGAGUCCUGCGGUGUCCCAAACAGAACCACAGUCGAGCUUGCAGAGUCCCACCAGGUCCCAGACAGAACCACAGUCGAGCUUGCAGAGUCCCCAGAGUUGAGCUUGGAAGCAGGUCGUUUUGUUGCAGAUUUUCAAAAUGGCGUUGAGCAUGGCAUGUUGCAUGUGGUAGGUAGACCUGACCAUGGCAUGGUAGCGCGCGAGACAGCAGCAGCCAGCCAGCAGCAUGACACCAUGGACUGGUGGCUCGUCGACUCUGGCGCAUCGGCCCACAUCAUCAACGAGGACACUUUGAGCCGGGUGCACGUUGUGAGCCAUAGUGAGUCUGCCAGUGAGUGUGUUUCUGCAACGGGUGACAGCAUUGGAGUUCGGAGGUCUGCGGUUGUCAGGGUUCCAUUCGUUUUGGUUUCAGGCGAGACGGUGGUGACAGAACUCCAAGUGCUUGUUGCUCCUGUGAAGUUUAACCUGCUGUCCUUAGGGCGUUUGCUGGGCAAGAGCUGGGUUGUGGAUUUCCUGCCAAGUUUUAAAGUUGAGGCCGCUGGGUACGUUCUUCGCACGAGAUGGGUCUCCAAUUGCGGAUGGGUUUUCUCGAGUGCUGUUGAGCUUGACCGUUCCGUUGCAGUUGCCGCCCGAGCGAGCUUGAAGCGUAGUGACGGCUGUGCUCCUUCAUCUGGGAAGCCUUCCAAGAAGGAGUGGCGCCUUUCGGGUCGCCGCCACCUGGCGGAGCAGCACGCGGCGACUGUUACGAGGACGCACGAGGAUUUCGAGGGAUCCACGGUCGCCUUUACGGCAACCUCGAUGGUGGGUCUUACGCCGGGCCAGAACCUGCUGUUGGUGCCAGCCGCGGAAGUGAAGAAGAAGACGGCAGAGCAGGCAAAGGCAGCUGCGAAAGCAGCGGCGGAGAAGUUCGUGAAGGAGCGCCAGGAGAGCGCCCAGUGGGCCAAGGAGGCAGAGGAAGCAAAGAAGAAGAGAGCAGCCAAAGCCGCAGAGGCCAAGAAGAAGGCAGCCGAGGCGGAGAAGUUGAUCAACGAGGCCACGGAGGCAAAGAAGAGAGCAGCCGAGGCAGUGGAGUUGGUCAGCGAUUCCCCGGAGGGGAAGAAGAAAGCAGCCGAGGCGGAGAAGUUGAUCAACGAGGCCACGGAGGCAAAGAAGAGAGCAGCCGAGGCAGUGGAGUUGGUCAGCGAUUCCCCGGAGGGGAAGAAGAAAGCAGCCGAAGCAGAGAGGUUGGUCGACGAGGCCACGGAGGCAAAGAAGAAAGCAGCCGAGGCGGAGAAGUUGGCCAGCAAAGCCGCGGAGGCAAAGAAGAAGGCAGCCACAGAGGCCGCGGAGGCAGAGAAGAAGGCAGCCACAGAGGCCAAGAAGAGGGUCGCCGAGGCGGCCGAGGUCACAGAGGCCAAGAAGCCCAAGGGCAGUGUGGCCAGAGCAAAGGCGGAGCCGUCUUCGGGGUUGAAGGACGCACCGCAGCCAGUGGUGAAGAGGCAGCCCAAGCCGCCCAUGGUGAAGGCAAUGCCAGCCAAGGUCCGAAAGAUCGUCUUGAAGAGCCGGGCCCAGCGCGGGAUUCCCGGGCAGACCGACACUGCGCUGAGAAUGCUUUCGCAGCGGGCCAAGGAGAAGAAGAAGAGGGGCUACCUCAUGAAGGCCAUCAACAACGCUAUGAAGAAGAAGGCCGAGGAGCAGAAGGGCGCGCCGGUCAGACGAACCUGGGAGAAGCAUAUCAAGGACCACUAUGCUCAGAUCAGGGGGCUGGAGAUCCCGUUCGUGGAGGUGACGAUUUCCGAAAUCGUCAAGGAGGUCAAGGUGGAGGGCGCGCGUGCAGCAAAGGUGCCGGAGGUCAUCAAGGUGGAGGGCAUGGAGAUCAAUCCCCCACCACCGGCCACCGAGGAGGAUCGGCCCCAGGACUCAGGGAUGAGAGAGGUGCAAAUAGAUAAGUUUUUCUAUAAGGGCCUCGCCUUCCUGGUGUUGGUUUUGGUUGGUGCUUUUGCCCUCGGUGUGGUUCCGUACCGUGAGGUGAGCGGAUCCCGAGGCCCAGCAGCCAAAGAAGCCAUGUUGAAUGACAUGUCGGCAUGGAGUCGUAGCGUUGGCUUGGUUGGUGUUGCUCCCAGUGAGUUGACGGUAAGUGUGAAGUCGGACAUUGAGGGUGUUGUGAAGAACCUUGCGCAGAGUUUUGCUGAUGGCUUGACCGCCGGUGCCAUCGAAGUUGUGGACGCCCCUGUUGGUCGGCAUGCUGUUGUUGCAGAGCGUGCGGUGAGAACCAUCAAGGAAGGUGCAAACACACUUUGUGCUGGGUUGGAACAGGUCGGCUUGGAGCCUUGCGGGAAGGGUGUCACGUAUCUUUUGAUGCACGUUGCCCAGGUCUACAACCGGUACCAGGUGCAUCCUGGAUCGGCGCUGUCCCCAGAACAGCGGUGCCUGAAGACCACCCGAGGACCGCAUGCCGCCUAUGUUUGGGGUGCUGCCGUGCUUGCCACUCCACCUCCCUCUUUGCGUGACAAGAUCACCGGCCGUUACGGCCACCAGAAGUCGGAAGUGGUGUCGAGCUUGAAAGGUGUUUGUCGCAUGUUGCCAGGAAGAAGGGAUGAUGCCCAGAAGAAGCUCCCCGAGAGCAGUGGUGACAAUGUGCGCGACCUCCCGUUGCCGAACACCGCAACCCGAGGACCACCACCAGAGCGGAUUGAAGAGAACGGAAGAACCCCAAGGUGCCGAGCUUGUCGACUGCGCGGUUUUCCAGCAGACAAGGCAUGGCACACCCAAAGAUGCCGUGACCGCUACGCAGAGUUUGUGCGAAACUCUUUCGACCCCAGCCGGGCGAUCCUCGAUCAAGCCCCAAUUGAAGAAGAAGCGGCUGGGCUUGAUGAUUUGGGUGCUGGAUUUGAUGUUGAUCUUGGGCUUGAUGUGCCGGAUGAUCUUGAUCCGUUCCCGAAUUUUCCGGUGGACGAGGAUUUGGCAGAGUAUGAGCCCAGCCUGCCUGGAGUUGAGAAUGAGAUUGAGGUUGGAGAAGAACUCGAGCAGAUCGAGGCCCCGAGCCCGGGCGAGCUUGAUUUCAUGCAAGUGGUCAUUGAUCAGGCUCAGGGACACUCGGCUUACGCGGCCCGUCUCGCUAGCAACUUGUGGCGGCCCUUGAGUGCAGCCAACUUCUUCGUUUCAGCUUUGGAAAUUUUGCCUCGGCCCAGCGGUCUUUUGCUGAUUGCGUACGCCAUCAGGAAUUUUCCUACACUGACAGAGGAAGCAGAGAGGGAGCUCGGAGCUCCACUGAUCUCGCUGCAGCAUCUUCGCAUUUUCCCGGCCGAGGGUCAUCAGCCGCUCGACUUGAUACAUGUAUACCAGUUUGCUUGGCAUCACCGGAAAAAGGACAACACCCAUGAUUACUGGGCCGACUGUCUUCACAGACGCGCCGAAUACCUUCACAAGCUGGGUGCCGUGCUUAAAAGCAUACCACGACGAAAUGUCCUUUGCCUGAUCGGCGAUUUUAACACGCAGCUGCCGACAAAGGCGGGCAUUGUUGGAACGGGGAUCCCUCCCACUCCGGGCCCCCAGCUGGAUGUGCAGGACCUGCUUCAUGUGCUGGAGACUUAUGGUCUCAUUGCAUUGAAUACCUUUGGCUCUGCCCCGGGUAGUACCUUCAUCAAUGACAGUAACAGCACUCAGUCGCAAAUCGACUACAUCCUCGCUCGAGCUGCCCACAGUGACCGCCUCAGCAGGCAGGCCCAACCACUUACUGUUUGGCCGGUGGGCACAGGCCGUCUUGGCAUGAAGCACAUUCCCGUUGCCGGCUCAAUCACCCUGGCCUGGUGCCCCUGGCAACUGCUAUCACGACCCCAACCCACUGUACGCCCGCAUCAGGUCGUCGCUGCACUCCGAGCUGACCCCUCUAUCGAGGCCACCUUUGUGGAUAAGCUUCGUGCCCAACUGCCGGCAGCAGCCACUUUAAAGGACAUCGACCGAGCAUUGCAGGACACAUGGCUUCAGCUCCGCCCGAACUCGCGGGCGGAGCCCUCGGCACCGGUUGGCGCAGCAACUGCACUCACCCAGACGGACACAUCAACACUGGUGCCCCGGAUCUGGGAGCUCCGCGCGGAGCGCCGGCUCCUCGCACAGGAUCGCAGCUUACAUGGACAGCUUGCGCACUGGCGGGUUUCAGUGCGAAUUCAGGAGCUUGAAAGAGUUGCCGGAGCCGCCCGGCGGCGUCGCAAGCGCCAAUUCCUCCUUGAACAAAUGGAACAGGCCGAGGCUGCGGCUCAACGGGGACAUCUCACUGCUGUUUACGCUGUUGUACGCCGCCUGGCACCCAAGAAGGCCGGUCUCAAACUACAUGUUCGUACACCGGAGGGCCACAUGCAGGGACCCCGGGCAGAGCGAGACACGCUUAUAGCCCAUUUUCGCGAGCUGUACCAGGCUCCUUCGGCCCAGCCUGGCCGCGCCUUGCCCUGCACGGAGCAUCUGUGUACAGAAGGUGCCUGCACUGCUGCUUUGAUGCGUCUCCCAGCCCAGAAAGCCGCGCAUCCCAAGUCGGCUCCAGGAGUGCUUUGGAAGCUUGGUGCCUCGAUACUGGGCCCGGCGCUCAGUCACAUCCUGAACAACUCCUACGCCAAUGUGCCCAGCAGCCUCCCUCUCGAACUUCGCCAGGUUGCCAUGUGUUUGGUGCCGAAGCCGGGACGUCGAGCCCAACAGCCCUCGGAUGCUAGACCGAUCAGCCUUUUACAUCCUGCCAACAAGGCGCACGCCUCAAUGCUUAAUGAUCUCCUGGCCCCCUUUCUUGUGCCGUACCUGGCCACUGCACCCCAAUUUGCAUACUGUCACGGCCGAUCCACCAUGGAAGCACUCCAUCGAGUUUUCUCACACUUCCAUGCUGUUCGGGCUCAGGCCCCCACUCGCUCUCGGAUGGUGCAGCGCCGACGUGACAACACCGCUCGCCACCCAUGCACUGGCGGCCUCAGCUUCUCGUUGGAUGUGGCUCAGGCCUUCGAUUCAAUACCCCGUUGGGUUGUCGUUGCCGCCCUACGAGCUGCGGGGACCCCGGAGGCCAUUAUCACACAGGUCGUAGCACUGCAUGCACAGAUUCUUCUCGAAGUUGACCACGGCGGCGAGGUGGCUACUUGUCACACGGCUCGGGGCGUGAGACAGGGCUGUCCGCUGUCGCCCUCUUUGUGGGCAGCCGCGACCACCUUCGUCUACCACCGCCUUCUUGAAGAGCUCGGCCCUGCUGCGGCUCAGGUUCUCACAGUCUUCGCUGAUGACAUCAUAGGCCAAUGGCAAAUCACCUCACUGACAGCACUGCAGGACAGCUUGGACCAGAUCCGCCGGCUGACUCGUGUGCUCCAGCAUCACGGGUUCCAGGUCAGCCCCAAGAAGAGUGUGAUAUUGCUUCAGGUCAUUGGACCCCAUGCCGAGAGAUGCCUGGGCAAACUCCGCUUCCGUGACCAAGGUGUGGCAAAGAUCAGAGUGGCACCGGACCUCUCCUACCCGGUGGUUAGAAGGCACACCUACCUCGGAAUGAUCAUUGGCUACGGGGCUUUUGAACGUCACUCGGUUGACUAUCGCUGCAAACGAGCUGCCCAGGUCUUUGCACGUUUACGGCAGGUGCUCUGUGGCAGACACGGCCUCAGCCAGCAUAACCGACUCCGCCUUUGGCGCGCAAUUGUGUGGCCCUCCCUUAGGUACGGUUUAGCUGCUCUACCUCUAGACCCGAAGGAGCUGCAGAGAGUGCGGGGCUUUGCGGCACGGCACCUCCGCGCUAUUACACACAACCUGGGCCACGAAACGCAUAAGACCAAUCAGGAGCUUUUUGACGAACUCGGCCUUCACCCGGUCAGCCUCUUGAGACGGGAGGCCCAAAACAAUUUCACUCGGUUCCAGGCCCUCCCUGACUUGCUACGCCUUGAAAGGACACGUCAAUGGCAUGCUCUGCUUUUGGCAUCCCUGGUGGAGCCAUCGAAGCAAGAGGCCGAGGACACAGGUGCUCCUUCAGACCUAAACCCUCCUCCCAAGGAUGCCUCGACCCGAGUCGGCAUGCGCCGCCAUCCACGUGAACAGCCUGAAGCCCAGCAUGUAACCCUAGUCGAGAUCGAUGCUGUCGCCCGCCCCUUUGCUUGUCCGGAUUGCCCUUGCACCUUCGCAACAGCAGGCAUUUUGCACACGCAUCGGGUCAAAAAGCACGGGGCGGACAAACGGAGCAGCACCAGACGCACGACACAGCAGCAAAAUCAGGUCGAACACUCCCUAGGCGGGGUCCCAACUUGCCGCUAUUGUCUUACUGAGUUCAAUGGCUGGCGUAAUUUUAACUCGCACAUUCUCUUCAACAAUUGUCCGAAACGACCUGUGGACUCCGCGAAUGCUGUUCCCACGGUCAGCGAGCAAGUUGAAGAUGCCCAUCUGCUAGGACAUUCGUGUCGGGAUGGGAGUUCCGUAGUGCCUGCCCACCCAACCUUGGAAGUGCCGACCACACGUCAGGCUGCCUCCGACUUCCACGCCCGCCUGGUUGCUGAACCGGCCAUUGCAGCUCUUGACCCUGCUCGCCAGAAAGAUUGGAAGCACAUUGCUGGACUCAAGAGCUACCGUUCCGCGCCCAGUCGGCAUGCAGUAGGAUGUCAUGUGCUUUGGCAAUCUAUCUAUGCCAGCCUAGUUCUGUUGAAUAUGACAGCAGCCGCGAUGGAACAGGAGGAACAGCAGGAGUGGGACCUCUACUCCAAGUUCAUGGGGACACUGCCGGGAGCCAAACCGAGCAGGCCCUUGCAACCGGCUCAGGGGAGCGAACAGCCACCGGCGAAACAGCCGAAGACGCAAACGCAGACCCAGCAGCAGCCGAAGGGCAAAGGAAAGGGAAAACGGGGCGGCGGCAAAGGCAAAGACCACAACAAGAAGCAGCUCACCCAGGACGAGAGGCAAGAGCUGACGGACCUUCGUCAGCUGUGCGAGCAACUGAUCAGGCUGGCCCUUCGACACGAAGACGGCCUCAAAGCGCUCCAGCUCGACACCUCCUUUGUGAUUUGGUUGCGAGUGGGGCUACCGGGAGGCCUGCCAGAGAGUCUCCACCAGAGCGCCGAGGCAUGGCGAGCCGACCGGGAUCAGGGUCUGGCCCGCACCUCCUUGCGUCAUCAACUGUGGCUCCAUCUAUGGAAGGAAUUCCAGCGACGACUCACCCCGGAGCUCCUGACAGCCGAGAUCCAGUCCAUGAUGACGAAGUUGGGCUAUCUGAAGGACGGACGGUGGGCCUUCCUCCGCUGGGAGGCCAACGCGGAGACGGGUGGCCGACUUGUCCCGGACGCGGAGAAGCAACCGCUCAACAUGCAGGAAGUUCGGGAGAACGUGGACCACAUCGUACGCCUGAGCCAGGACGCGGAUCUGAUCACUCGAUUCUGUCCCACCCGUCCACUGGCAGCAGAGCUUCGGGGACCGUCAAUCACAUUCCUGUGCUCAGUGGCAAACCGCUCGACGCCCUCGGACCAGCUGCACGCAGCCCUGCAAACACUUUGCGCCAAUGCCAGCUGCCAGGUUUUGGGCAUGGCGAUCAAGCCGGAGCGCUUGGCGCGCAGCCCUCUGGCCAAUGCCCUGGCUCGACAGCUCCCGACUGCUCAGCUGGUGAGUCGACCGAGCCUCCUGAAGGCCAAGCUUUUGAACAGGUCCAAUGUGUGCUACUCCAAUUGCACCAUGUUAUGCUUGCUUUGGCUGCAGUGCCAAUGUCGGCAGGAUCUCCUGCCACGUGCUUUACUUUCGUCCCUCGAGGCCCUGCUAAAGGCUGCCAAGCCUUUUUCACUGUGGGAUCUUUGGCAGUUCAAGCAGCUACUACGUCAUUGGAGGGAUCCCGGACGGCAGCACGAUGCCGCAGAGUUUAUCAAAUCAUACCAGGCGGGGGCUGACACGAAUGGUUUGAGCGGUGUCUGGCAAGCACGCACCACUGCAGGAGAAGUGCGAUUUCUGGGAGACACAUCUCCUCUGCCUCUGUCAGUGCCUCUGACCGACGGCGCCACUGUUCAGCAACUCGUGACAGCCUGGAGUGCCCAAGACCAGGUACACGCGCUGUGGCGACCUCCUGAGUGCCUAGUCUUGCAGCUUUCGCGAUAUGGCCCACGUGGCAAGCUUCACACGCACAUUAGCCUCGAUGAUGGAGUGGUGCAGUUUCCUUGCUUUGUUGCUUCGACUAACCAUGUAUGCCACGUCGCUUAUCAGCUGCAAGCAGCUGCAAUCCAUUUGGGAAGCACUCCCCACGAGGGUCACUACAGAGCUGCCUUGUUUGACGAAGGGAACAAACUCUGGUAUGCUGAUGAUGGCAAACAUGCCACUUUAGCCAAUGCCAAAACCAAGAGUGAGAUCCAAUCCAACUGUUAUGUGCUUUACUUGACUCGUGUUUGA